AUGAUUAGAGGCAUUUAUGGCCUAUUGGGGUCGAGUGGGUGUGGGAAAACAACCUUGCUCAAGUGUGCUUUGGGCAGAUUGGAGCCAAACAAAGGGUCCAUUCAUUUGUUUGGUAGAAAACCGGGUUCACCCGAAAGCAAAGUUCCCGGUCCUGGAGUUGGGUAUAUGCCUCAAGAGCUGGCCCUCUAUGAAGAGUUCACUAUUGAAGAGAUACUGACAUAUUUUGGCCGAUUAUUUGGUAUUAAAGCAAAAGUGAUUGACUCGAGAAUUGAGUUUUUGGUCGAUUUGCUUCAAUUGCCUGACAGAAGACGACUAAUCACUAAAUUAAGCGGUGGACAGAAGAGGAGAGUUUCAAUUGCAACGGCUCUUCUACACAAUCCUCCACUUCUAAUACUAGACGAGCCAACCGUUGGCGUGGAUCUAAUCCUUCGCGAAGCCAUUUGGAAACACUUAGAGUUUUUAUGCAAAAACGGAUUGACAGUAAUAGUGACCACACAUUACAUAGAAGAGGCCAGAAGUGCGUUAAGGGUUGGUUUCAUGCGCUCCGGAAGACUGUUGGCCGAAGAAUCGCCGGACGAACUCAUAAGACUCAAUGGAUUUUCCACAUUAGAGGCAGUGUUUCUUAAAUUAUCGCAAAUUCAAGACAAUCAGAAGACUAACGAAACUUCUUAUUCUAACGGCAAAGGAGUGGAAAUCAAUUCAAAUAAAUGCCAAUUUCCGAUGAAAGACAUCAAAAAAAGCAAAAGUGAUGCCAAACUGAUAAACAUUCGUCCCAUUAGUUAUCACGUAAACAAUGGUUACAUUCCCGACGAGUGCCGCGAAUCCUGUGAUGGAGUGACAGAAACCGAGACUAAACUCAACAACUCUUCGUUGGAGUGCAAGGAUUUGUGUCGAGAAUACGUCCGAAAGCAGAGUAUAGCCAAUGGUUUGAUUCAAUUAAGAGAAGAGAGUAUUAUUGAUGACACAAACUCUUUCUACCGCUUAAUCGCAUUGACGUCCAAAAACUUUAAGCAAAUGUCGCGAAACUUUGGUUUACUUUUGUUUUUCAUAUUAAUGCCAUCGCUUGAGAUCAGUCUCAUCACUGAAUGCGUGGGACAAGACGUCCGUAAUAUUCCGGUCGCUGUCUAUAAUCCCGAAAAGGCCAACGGUUUGAGCGAAUUAUUUCUCAAUUCGGUGGACAAGAAUCACAUUAAUCUGAUCCGAUAUAAGACAUUGGAUGCGGCCAUCGAUGCGGUCAAAGUGAACGAAGUUUGGGCCGUUAUUUACUUUAACCGCACAUUCAGUGAAUCGCUAUCUUAUAGAUUGUAUUUCGGGUCCGAAGACAAGGACACUAUAACCGCGAGUUCAAUACAACUCCGUAUAGAUAUGUCUAAUCAAGUGAUCGGUAAUCAAAUCCAGAGUUAUUUGUCGGAAACGUAUUUAAAUUUUUUGAAUAAAUUGGGCAAAAAACACAACACAACUAUGGAUUCAAUGAAACCGUUGAUAAACAACGGACCGCCUGUUUAUGGCACGAAAAACCCGUCGUUCAACUCGUUUGUAUCUCCCGGUGCUCUCAUUGUUGUCGCCUAUUUCGCCACAACGACUGUCACCUGUCAUCUGCUGAUCAAAGAGCGCACCGACGGCUUAGUGGACAGGAAUCUCGUGGCCGGAGUGAAGCCCUUGGAGUUUGUCUUAUCGCACAUUAUUUUGCAACUAUUUAUGCUAUCAUUUCAAGUGGGACUCAAACUAGUGCUCGCGUUCGCCGUCUUCGCGGUGCCUAACAUGGGAUCAAUUGUGUCGGCGUCGGCGCUCACAUUCCUCCAGGGCUGCUGUGGACUCAUGUUUGGUCUCAUGAUAUCAUCGCUGUGUCCGGACGAGAUGUACGCAACCACUCUAUGUAUCGGCGCUUUCUUCCCGACGGUAAUAAUGGGCGGUAUGUUCUGGCCGUUGGAGAGUAUGCCAACAGGUUUGAGAUAUUUCAGCCAAAUAUUGCCCUCCAGUUUGGCCAUUGAAUCGCUUAGAUCUAUAUUAUUAAGGGGUUGGGGUCUCAGCCACUAUCAGGUUGUGGUAGGAUUUAUGCAAAUUCUCAAUAACUAUCUCGAGAUAUCUGUGUCUCGGCUGAACGGUUGCCGAACUCUUCUGCCAUCUCGUAAUCACAAGAAUAAUGUAAUGAUUUGGUCCCCAACGGGGAAAACCUCCGCGUCCUCUGAGUCCUGUUCUUCCAAAUGGAUUUCGAGGCAGAAAAUUGUCUUCAAGUUUAUGAGCCGUCGGUAUUCAUUUGCCACGAAAUACGAUUCACUGUCUGUUUCUCGGGCGACACUUCCUGUGUAUUCCAGUCAUAGCGAGGGAACUUUCCUUCAGAUGGAUAAUGUCUUCGUCGACAAAGGCUUGCAUUUCAAUGGGAAACUCAUUGAUGGGUUUGCUAUAAGCGAUGGGCUCGUAGUCGAUGUGCAAUACUUCCCAAAGUAUGUAUUUAUCCGAAAGCGGGACUCGAGUUAUCGCUGUUCCCGGAUAUGGAGAGUAAUGGGAGAGCAGUGUCUUAUGGGACUCUUGGGUCGCAUACAUAUGGGAUGA